AUUUCCAGCUUGGAUGAGAUGUAUUGUCACUUUUCAGGUGGCAUUAUGUGCAUAUCAUCUGUCUGUCUGUCUCUCAUAAACUUGCAUGAGUGUAAAAUGGAGAAACUUUUUCACACAUCUAUCUUCUUAACCUGCUUAUCCAGAGCAGGGCCACUGGGCAGCUGGAGCCUAUCCCACCAAUCGUCGGGCACAAGCCAGGAACAAACUCCGGACAGGGCGCCAGACCACCACACGGGUGAACACACACGGACCAACAGGCAGACUGCAUGUAGGGAACGCCCAAGACGCAGAGCCAGUAUUCAUAAUUGUUGUUCUCAAUAUCUUCCAUUAAUUUAUUUGCAUGUUUUUCUCUGCUGUAGACACAAUAAUAAUAAUAAUAAUAAUAAUAAUCAAUUUUCUAAAUCUGCUUAGCCUGGUCAGGAUAAAGCAGGAGUAUAUCCCAGCAAGCACUGGGUGCAGUUAACACCACGUAAACAGGACAUCAGUCCAUUGCAGGGACGACACACUCACUCUCUCUAUCUCUGUCUGUCUGUCUGUCUGUCUGUCUGUCUAGGGGUAAUUUCAGUAACACCACCUGAACAAGACGUCAGUCCGUUGCUGGGUGAACACACACAUACACGCACUCUAGGGUUAAUUCCAGCAAUGCCAAUUCACCUACCACUCUAUCACCAUGCCACCCUAUACAGAAACUUCCAGAGUCUGUCUAAUAAUCUUCAAGCAGUGCACAUUUAUUUCACACAGCAUUUUGCCCUUUAGCCACUAGGUGGCAGUAAUGCUCUGCAGCUUGUCUCCAGCAACACGUGGCAGACUCUUUAUGGUUCCCAGCCAUGCGACCAGCAGAGAGUUUGUUUGUUUGUUUGGUCAUAAAAUUUCGGAAAAGUUUAUAGAAUUUCUACAAAUUAGGGUUUCCCACGCCUGAAACAGUUUUUAGAAAUGUAUUAAUGCACCUGUGAGCUUUUGGAAGAGUCACGGAAAUUUGUUUUUUUUUUUUUUCCAUGCCAUCCAACCCAACAAUUGUAUUCACUUGUUUUCUCCAACAUUCUGCCAGGGCGCUUGGUUUGUGUCAUUUCCAUAUAAUCAAGUAUCCGUGUAGUCCGUAUGCCAUGACGUCAUUUUCUCAGCGCAUGAUUGGUGCACAGUGAAGUCUUGACUCGUUUUAUCGGUCCGUGUGUCUUAUAAUGAGUGCAGGUGAGAACUCGAGUGCUGUAGGGAGCACCAGCCCAUCGGAAUGCUAACUAUUAUUUUUUUUUUUCCUAUUUUCUUCCCAGGAGUCUUUUUGCACAUUGUAGCCGACACGCUGGGAAGCAUCGGCGUCAUCAUAUCCGCGCUGUUAAUGCAGAAGUACGACCUCAUGAUCGCCGACCCCAUCUGCUCCAUGCUCAUCGCUUUACUGAUAGGAGUGAGUGUGGUGCCACUACUUAAAGAGUCCAUUGGAAUACUCAUGCAGCGAACGCCACCUUCACUGGACUACCACCUGCCAGAGUGUUACCAGAGGGUCCAACAGCUUCAAGGCGUUUACCAUUUACAGGAGCCUCACUUCUGGACGCUCUGCACGGACGUCUACAUUGGAACACUGAAGCUUGUGGUCGCCCCCGAUGCUGAUGCCCGUUGGAUUUUAAGCCAAACGCACAACAUUUUCACUCAGGUGGGAGUACGACAGCUGUACGUGCAGAUCGAAGUGGCUGCCAUGUGACACGCUUUGUAGUGGACUCCUCGGACCAAAGCCUUUUGUGGUAACACGUGGGAUCAUUAAAAUGAGUUCCCCCCCCCGCCCAACCCCCCAUUUUCCCUACACCAUGUAGGCUCUUCUGUCCAGCACCAAGGGACCAGUUGGAAUGCAUUCAGGACAGAAGGCCACAUGGAGAAAACUGUUGCCAAUCAUGUGACAAUGCCAUCUAAACUACUGUGACACCGUCUAUCACCCCUUAUCCCUACACCUGUGUGUUUUUUUUUUAAUUAAUUUUGUGAUUCAUAAAUGUCGAGACUGGACCUCCUGCUAGUGCCUCACGUGUAACUGGGUCAUGCUGGAGUGUGUUGUUUGCACUUUGCAGACUUAACAGAGCCAAACCAUAUUGGGUUUCAUUAUGUGCCUUUUAAUACUGUGGAUGAGGACCCCCAGGAGGUGUGGUCAAGUGGGCCAACCUCAUUUGUUACCAGAAGGCAGACUUAGAGCCAAGCAAAAAAUAAAGAAGGCGUCUAUCUUGCAGGUGUUCAUAUCUGAGCGACUUGGCUGUGGCCCUUUCACGUUUUCCCUUGUGGUUUUAUUUUCUGGGCUCAGUCACUCGGCUGUCAUCAUCUGAAAUUAUAUAAAUUAUAAUCAAAAACAAAAAAGACCAGGUCAGCAUAACCGGUGUCACACCUGUCGGACACUUUAUCUGGACACAGAAGUGGACUUGUGAUUAAAUGGGAAAUCUGCACCUGACGCCCCCCCCUUGAGGAAGAUCCUUCUAAGUUGCAUUCCUUGUGUCCUCUUGCUUUUUCUCUCCUCACUUGAUUCACUGAAAUCUAAGAUGCUAAAUAAAUUUAUGAUCAACGUUACCCUUGAGGCUUUUCCUCUCGACAACAAAAGUGGACGGGAUGAGUGGGUCUGCAGGGAAUCUGCAGUGAAGACUGGCUUGUAAAAAAGAUGAAACUGGCAUCAUAGUAAGAGUCACCAGAAAAUGACUUGCCAGCAGGUGUAGGCAGUUCGAAGGGCAAAUGUGCCACCUGUGUGGGUUUCUGGGGGUUUGCACACUCGAGGCCAAUUUAGGUUUUGUGCAUAUGUGUAAAGACAAUUUUGUCCACAGUCGUAUCACACGGGCAAGUGCAACUGUGACCGCGUGUCUUCACAUUGUUGUGUCCACGUGGUCCUGGAUUUUGAAACCGCUCAUGCACUAUACCGCUCAUGUCCGUGUUCAACGUGAAGGCCGGUGUGCACACAUGGACCGAUUCUGUACCAGUUCAGUGCUGUGCCCACCUGAUUGUACCCUAAACAGAAGAGGGUGCACAUCCUCUGUCUGUGGCUGCAUCUGCAGGUGUCUACGUGCGUUCAGUUUUGAAGUAGAGACAUUCCUUUAGCCAGCCAAGAUGCCCAACGUGAUGUAGGGCCAUUUCCCCACAGGUACACCAUGAAGUAAUAUGACUAGCAAGUGUGACGUGGAGGGUGACCCACAGGUAGGGGCCUUCACAAAAAAUCUAUGGUUCAGGCUAUAGCGACGCAGGUAAGGCCAAGUGCCUCCUUGAAAGUGACAAAGGAUGGGAUGUGAGGUGAGGUCAUGCUUGAGCUGCCCUGGGGUGGACAGAGGAUUGGGUGACCCCAAGUACAGGUUACCCGAGUCUGAUGCUGCCAUUUGUCAGUCACUGGAAAGCUGGGCCCAUUUAGGGCUUCAAAGGUUCAACUGGGUUGUCCUACUGCUUCACGUCACACCCCCUAUAGGUCACUAGUUUAAGAGGUUGCAGAUUCAGGUUCUCCAUAGCCAUGCUGCGGUGCACCAUACAACACCCAAAGGUGUAAUAUAGAAAUGGGAUGGUAUUAUUUCUAAAAAUCUUUUGUAAUGAAUAAAAGAAAAUAUACUUCUUGAAAUGCAGUGUGACAAAGCACCCCCUAGUAACCUCCAGUCCAUUGGAAUUGAGCCAGCUAGGGGGUACCUUUUUUUCCACCGCAACCGAUUUUUAAUCCCAGGGCAUCCCAUCAGAAGAUUUUAAAUUUGAACUUGGUGAUGCAGCAGGACUGUUUUUACAUGUUAUAUGAUCUGAUUCUUCCUGAAGUUAAUAAAAUCAGACUGCAGUUUG